GUCUAAAUUGAAGGUGUAGCUUGGCAAUGGGAGAACAGGCUAGAACGCACUAAACUGUGCUAUCUGCUUCGCAUGCAUCAAAAGUUCCAGUCGAUCACUCAUUCACAAGAAAUUAAAAUAAUUUUGAAAACAAUGUAAAAAGUCUAUUUUUAUCGGGGGUAGCUGAAGUUUUCACUGAAAACGUAAUGGUCGGACACAUAGCCAAAUUAUGGCGUGACAAAGAGUCACGCCUCUUAUUGGCGUGACACAAAAUUCACGCCGAAAAUCGGCGUGACAUGUGAGUCACGCCCUCAUUUGGCGUGAAUGACGACGCUUUUUAUGAGAAAUGUUAUGCCAAAAAGCGGCAUGACAAGAAAUUCACGCCAAAAAUUGGCGUGAAUUUUUGAGUCACGCCGAUUUUUGGCGUGACUUUUCUGUCAUGCCGUUUAGUGGCUUGACACUUCAUUCACGCCCCUACACUGAGAAAAAUCUUCUGCUCCCGGACCAAGCUGACCGUAUGGUCUCCCCCGUUCGGUCCCAGUAACUAGAAUAUGGUGGCACGGGCCAGAAAGGUUAGCACCGAACGCCAGCCUACUUUAGUCCCCAGACCCAAAGUCGUGUGGUUCGGAACAUGGCGCGGUUUUGACGCCGGGAGGCAGCUUCCGGUUCGUGCUCGGGGCGAGACUCGAGUAGUCACCCAUCUCUCGUUUCCGGCUCCAAAGUGUCUCAUUCUCGUCUCGAAACUCUUUCACUAUUUCCGGUCACCUGUUCGUGGCAGCAUCAGGCAGCAUGUCAUCUGUGGCUUGCGACAAAGAUGUCGCAGCGGCUUUGGCCGACUGGGGCUUCGAGCAUCUCCAACAGCACUUUGCCAAACACAAGAUCGUCUUCAAUGCCUUCCUCGUUUUAGACGAAGACACUCUAGAAAUUAUUUUGCCCUCGGCAGAUGACGCUUUCAUGCAGACUUUUAAAUCUAGAGUGUCUGAGCUGGGACCGCUUUCCAAGAGAAAACGAGUGGAUUCGGUGGCAAUUGAAAGCUCUGGUGCCCUAUCAAGGAGUAGGCGUGUUACUUCUACUUCUGCUGGUGAGUACCUGUGCAUUGCUGAUCAGAAAAUAAUUAAAAUAAAUUAAAAUAAAGGUCUCAGAACGCCUAUCGGUUCUC